CGCCGCGACGCUAUGACGUCACUGCUUCGCGUUUUCUCAGCGAUCGUUUCUCGACAGCGUUUUUCCAGACAGCUAGCGGAAUCGCAGUGAUGCGCACGAUCUUCGAGCGAAGCGACGCGAAACCGACGAAUUCGAGAUAUCAAAGAGGCUUCCAAAGCGAGACGGACUUUUAUUCAGGACCCGCGCGACGCGGUCAAAUUCCACGCGUCAUCGACGCAGCGGCGUUCCAAGACUUUGUCAUCGGUCAGGAAAAAGAAAUCGAGAAGUGAGGAAAGUGGCGAACUCGAAAAAGUAAUCUUGGGAUCGAGUCGAGAAACUUUCGAGGAAUCGAAUUUUUCCUGGAUAGAAAUCAACGAGCCUCGAAGAAGUUGGCGCUUCCCUUUGAAUCGAGCUGGGUCAAUCUUGAGGAACGCGAAAGAUGCGAAGCGGACGGUGAAACUGCUGGAAAAACGAAGAAUAGAUCGAACGCGAGCGACGAACGGAAGAACGUAACGAGAGCAAAGGAAAUUUGUGAUAAACAUGGGCAAAAAGAACAGCAAGUUGAAGCAGGAUACCAUCGAUCGGCUUAGCACUGAAACGUAUUUUACCGAGAAGGAGAUUCGACAAUGGCACAAAGGAUUCCUGAAAGACUGCCCCGACGGCUUGCUGACGGAACAGGGUUUCAUAAAAAUCUACAAGCAGUUCUUUCCUCAAGGCGAUCCAUCGAAAUUCGCCUCGCUCGUCUUCAGGGUGUUCGACGAGAACAACGACGGCACGAUAGAAUUCGAGGAGUUCAUAAAGGCGCUGUCGGUGACGUCGCGCGGCAACUUGGACGAGAAACUUCACUGGGCAUUUCGGUUGUACGACGUGGAUGACGAUGGUUUCAUCACCAGGGAGGAGAUGUAUAAUAUCGUCGACGCGAUAUACGAGAUGGUGGGACAGCAGCCGCAGGCGGAGGACGAGAACACGCCGCAGAAAAGGGUGGACAAGAUCUUCGAUCAAAUGGACAAAAACCACGACGACAAACUGACCCUCGAGGAGUUCCGGGAGGGUAGCAAAGCCGAUCCGCGGAUCGUGCAGGCGUUGUCGUUGGGCGGCGAGUAACGUCAAGCUCCU